UUUCCUGUAUGCUCAAAGACACUUAGGAUUUUUUUUUUUUAUCACUAGUAUUAUUUCCUCCACGUUUAAGCGUCGGCAUUGCAUGCAGUAGUCAAGAUGGAUAAGAAAUCAUUUGAAACCGUGCUGGAUGAAAUUAGGAAGGCUGUACUGACUGAGUACAAAUUAAAAGCUAUUGAAUAUGUUCAUGGAUACUUUUCCAGUGAACAGGUUGUUGAAUUACUGAGAUACUUCUCCUGGGCAGAACCACAGCUUAAGGCAAUAAAGGCUUUACAACAUAAAAUAGUGGCAGUUCCAGCAUCAAAAAUGGUUAAUAUUCUCAACUGCUUCACAUUCAGUAAAGAUAAACUUAUUGCCCUUGAAAUCUUAGCUUCCAACAUUGUUGAUGCUCAGAAUUAUCGCCUUAUUGAAGAUCUGUUCAGAAUUAAUAUGUCAGAGAAGAAAAGAUGCAGAAGAAUUCUCGAACAGGCUUCAAAAGCAGGUUGUAAGGCUCCUCAUGCUAUGAUAUCAUCCUGUGGCAUGAUUCCUGGUAAUCCUUAUCCCAAGGGCAAACCCAGCCGCAUAAAUGGAAUUUUCCCAGGAACCCCUAUCAAAAAGGACACAGAAGAAUGUACUAAUGAAGGAAAGGGAAUAGCAGCCCGUAUACUUGGACCAUCCAAACCAGCUCCAUCAACGUACAAUCCACACAAACCAGUUCCAUACCCCAUCCCACCAUGUCGGCCACAUGCAACUAUUGCACCAAGUGCUUACAACAAUGCUGGCUUAGUUCCAAUGGCCAAUGUCAUAGCUCCAGGCUUACCAGCUCCUCCACCAUACACUGCUAAUCAAGUGGUAUCAGAAAAUGAGGACCUUUCCACCCAGGCAAAACCUUCCCAAAAUCAAGCUUUUUCUGCACAAGCGAAUCAGCUCUUUACUCCUCAUGGUUCUAAUCCUUCAACACCUGCUGCUACUCCAGUCCCUACCCCAUCACCUGUCAAGGCAAUAAGCCAUCCAUUAGCACCUGCAACUCCACUCAUCUCUGGGAUGAACAUGUCUACUACCCCUGUCCUUCCUGUUUUCCCUGGACAGGUCUCCUCUUCCAUCCAUACAUCUCAGCCAUCCACCCCAACCCCUACUGUCAUCAAAUCCCUUUCAUUGCCUGGUGUUCCUGUCACAUCUGUUCACAGUGCAACCUCUACCCCUAUCCCCUCAGUUUUCUCUGGGCUGGCUUCUAUCCCUGCUGCUAUGCCUGCUCCACAAGGUUCUUCCACUCCAUGUGCCACACCUGCACCCACUGAAGCUUUUGCAUCUGCUGCUACUCCAUUUACUGGCCUCCCGUUCUCUGCAACCUCUUCAGUUGCUUCUGCUAAUAAUCCUGCUCCAUUGUCAUCAGUCUUUGCUGGCCUCCCUUUGUCCUUGCCGCCCAAUGCCCAGGGGAUUUCUAGUCCUGUUCCAUCUACGAUUGCUAAUUCUCCUGCCACUACCAUUCCUGGCUCGCUUAGCUUGCCUAACCCAAUUUUAUCUGUCUUAAAGGGAUUUCUGACAUCAAAUGACACUUCAUUAAUCAAUUCAUCUGCUUUACCUUCUGCUGUGACAAGUGAGCUUGCUUCUUUAUCUGCUCUUGCUAAUCAAAGCUCUGACCCUCCCACUUCCUCUGUCAACAAAUGUUACACUCCAUCAGCCACCCCGAACACACAGCGUUCCUCUACACCUGGGCUGGCUAUUUUUCCAGGUCUUCCAUCCCCAUCUGUGGCCAAUUCUAGUUCCACUCCUCCCACAUUGCCUGCACAAUCACCUUUAACCACUUCGCCAUCGAUUAUGCCAGUCAACUGUGGCUCAUCAGCCUCCCUCUUGCAUGGCACAAGUCCUACUAAUCCCGACCAGCAGCUGUCAUCAGCCCCAGCUGUCACAAGUAUCCCAGUACUGGUCAAAACAGAACCCAUGAGUCCUACCCUGUCGGCCUUCAAAGGUCCUUCCCAUUCAGCCAGCCCUUCUCAUGGCACUCUGGGACUGUCAGGGCUCGGGCGUGCUUACACCUCAGCAGCUUCAGUGCCCGUCAGCUUACCCAGUUCCCUGAAUCCAGCACUCUCAGGGCUCUCCUCUUUGAGUGCUCCUCUGAACAACUCCAGUUCUCUGGCUUCCAUUUCCCUCGCCCCACAUGGCUCCUCUGCUCCCAUUGCCCCCGUGUUCAAUGGACUUCCUCCUUUCACGUCUCUAACCAGUAACUUUGCUUUUACUGGUAACCCAGCGCUGACCCCUCCCGUCACUCUCCCAGGGUCUCUGUUGGCCACUGCGGCUACAAGCGCUUCAGCCGUGUCCGCCCCCCAUGUGAGUUCCACUGCCGCCGUACUCUCAGGACUCGCCGCCUCCGCAACAGUCUCCGCUCCACCCUUCUCGCUUAACUUGUCCAGUGCUGUCCCUUCCCUUUUUUCCGUUGCCCAGGGACCUCUGGGAUCAUCAAACCCAUCCUUCCCUGGUUUUCCUGUCUCUAACACACCCUCUGUCACUCCUGCUCUCCCUUCUUUCCCUGGCCUCCAGGCAUCUUCUGCAGUAGCAGCAGUUGCACCGUUGCCGGCAGCUGCCACAGCCCCAUCUCCAGCCCCGGUCCUGCCAGGGUUUGCCUCGGCCUUUAGCUCAAACUUCAACUCUGCACUUGUGGCACAGGCUGGCUUGACUUCUGGACUACAGACACCAGGAAAUGCAGUUUUUCCUGGUCUUUUAUCUCUCCCUGGUAUCCCUGGCUUUCCCCAAAGUGCCGCACAAUCUUCCUUACAGGAGUUGCAGCACAGUGCAGCUGCACAGUCAGCGCUACUACAGGCGCAUUCUGCUUCUGCUCUGGAGAACUAUACAGCUCAGCCUGAAGGUUUUGCUAACUAUCCAUCAACUCCAGGAACACCAUUUUCAUUGCAGACAAGUCUGCCCCAGAGUGGAUGGCAGUAAAUACCAGGCAUUUCUAAAGACUGCAGCGUUUGCUUGACAGAGCCUGAUCCUAUUCACUUUGAAGGCUGUCUCUGCGGUAGUGGGAGCAUGGUCUAAGCUGGGGAAAGAAAGGGAAAACAUAAGGGUAAACGUUUCCAGGAGGCUGUGUCAGAUGUCUAUUUGUGAAUUCCAUUCGAUUUGAUUCAGGGUCUGAUCCUGUGAAUUGCUGACCAUCCUUGACUUUCCUUUAAUUUUAAGAGUUCAAGGUUUGGUGUCUUACAGGAUCAGGAAUAUUCAAACAGAUGUUUGUGUAAAUAGGGCAAUUGACUGUCAAACUGAAUAGGGAGACCAAGUAUACUUAAUAGUGUGAAUAAGCACCUAUCCUUCUGUUUUGUUUUGUAUGGUAUAUGUGGUUAAUAUAGACUAAGAUCUAGACUGAAACUAGACAUUUAAAGCUGUAGACGACCUUUUGUCUAGAAGCACACUUCUUGUGUGUGCACAAAUCAAGGUCAGUUUAUGGUUUUUCAGAUGUUUUCUUCCUAUGUAUGAGGAUCUCCUGUUAGCAUCAGCAGUAUGUUAAGGAGAGGGUAGGUCAGAGGUAUGUGGGGGUUUUCUUAUGCUUCAAAAUAUUGUCAUGGGCUGCUGAAUUGAGUACUCCUUUGUCUGAACAAGAAAGCUAGAAAUGAUGCUGUACUGUAUUUGGGUAGGAGUGGAUUAUGUUUUACUGGAGUAUGGUUUAGCUAGCUGAGAAUAUGUCUUUCCAAAGUACAUAAAAAUAUUUUAACUUGCCUCUAUAAUAACGUUCCAUAAUAUUCUCCUUGCCCCCAGCACCCCUCUGAAUGACAUAAUUGUACUGCGGAUAGGCUGCCUAUCUGGCACUUUUGACUGCAGACUUAUGUGAAUGUUUACAGACAUGGGCCAAGUUCUUCUCUCCCUUAUACUCAUAAGCAAACUGGUUCUCUAUAUGCUUUUCAACUAUAAACUACAACUUGAUGGUGCUUAUCUUAUCCUGUGAAUAUAAGUGGGAGCAGAAUUUGGACCAUGGAUUUUUUUAGUAUUUUUCCUUGGAAAACAUACAUGAUUUUAAAGGCAUAUAACUAAAUUAACUGUUACAAUGCAGCAUAUAGAAAGGUCUUGCUUUGUUAGUGAAAUUGAGUUGUGCACUCUUCUAAUAAUGUUAGUAUCUGUGGCAAUGUGUAACACAUCAUUGAAUAUCAUCUGUUUAAGAUAUGGUCUUGAUCAUGGUCUAGAAACAGUAGAGAUGAAUGAUAUUCAAUCAUGUGAUUAAAUUAAAAUGUAGAGAUACUACACUGUAGAAAUGUUCUGCACCUAGAGUUUUACUUUUUUAAAGAUUGAUUCUGCUGGGAGAUGUUGCUAAUGUAUUUUCUUUCAAGAUGUGAACAAACUUUUUUAGAACAUUAAUGGAAAUUGCUGUAUUGGUUUUUAACAUAAUUUUUUAAAAUAAAAAGUUUACAGUCAUGGCAAAAA